AUGUCCCCAUUGGAUAAUGUUUUGGGAUGGAUCCUCUCGCCGCGGACCUACUUGGCGUUCUGCCGGGAUGCGGACGGAAGACCUCUCCUCAGGCGUUAUUUACCUCGUAAGGACGUCUUUGAAGCCCUUGACGAUGCUGAACUCCUCAGGAGAUAUCGUCUGGAUCGUGCUGGGAUCUUGUUUGUGACGGACUUAGUGAGGAGGACCUUGGAAAGUCCUACAAUGAGGAACAAUCCCUACAGUGCUGAGUUGAAGGUGUUGAUAACAUUGAGAUAUUUGGCUACAGUCAAGAUGCAGCAAUGUAGCAGUGAUGACUUUGGACCCUCGCAGCCUACCAUAAGUCGUGUGAUUACUCAGACGCUGGAUGCCUUGUGCUCAAAAGAAAUAAUCACACGCUUCAUAAGGUUUCCAACUGCAGGUCCUGAAAUUCAACAGAGGAAAGCUGCUUUCAUGGCAAUAGCAGGCAUGCCAGGCAUUGUUGGGGCCAUAGAUGGCACUCACAUUAGAAUUGUGGCCCCAAGAGACUAUGAAGAAGAAUAUGUCAAUAGAAAAAACUACCACAGCAUCAACACCCAGCUGGUUUUCGAUGCUGGGUAUAAAAUUCUGGACGUUGUGGCAGACUGGCCAGGGUCUGUUCAUGAUGCCCGCAUCUUGCAGCACAGUGGGCUUCAGCAGUUGUUUCAGAGUGAUGAAAUGCCUGCUGGAUCCCACCUUAUAGGAGGCAGUGGCUACCCCUCCAAGCCAUGGCUGCUGACCCCAUACCGCCAACCACUGACUGAUGACCAAAGAGCCUAUAACAGGUAG